AUACCACAUUUUUCAAAUGAACUAUUAUGCUUGUGCGAGAAUGGGUACUACUUUAUUUCGGAAUGAGUACUACAUGAAUGUACUUAUCUCUAGGUACAUCCGGAUGUACCAUAUACGAACUCCACAAGAGGGGAGUAUCAUUUUUUAGUUGAAAAAAAAAUCAAAAUUCGUUUCAAGUGUUUCACAGAAUAAGAACCCUAGAAACCCAAAGCAGCGGGUCUAAGACCGGCGGCAUCCAUGAAUCUAGCAAAGCGAGUCGCUACCUCUUUCGUUUCCGCUCAAUCCUUCAGAAGACCCUUGAAUCAGUUUCAGGUGACUCAGUUCUUCCAUCUCUCGCCCUCCCAUUUCUCAAAAUUCUGCACUCCCACGAACAGUAUUCUCCAUGCGAAUCCCAACCUUUCGUCUUCAAUGAUGCCCAAUUCGUUACUAGAACACGUUCUCUGCAACGAUUGGUCCGCUAAGCUUGAGAAGUCGCUGUCGGAAGGAUAUGGCUCUCAGUUGAGCCAUGAAGCUGUUAUGUAUGUGUUCAAAAGGCUCACUGCAGACCCUCGAAAAGCUCAAAAGUUCUUCAAUUGGCUUGUAAAUGUAAAUGGCUUUAAACCGAAUUCUUCCGUUUAUAGCUUGAUGCUUAGGAUCUGCGCAAACAAGGAUUCAAUGAAGGAGUUUUGGGUGAUUUUCCGGGAAAUGAAGGAAAAGGGGAUUGUUCUUGAUGGAGAGACUUAUAAAUCCAUAUUUUACGGGUUCCGCAAAUCAAGAAUGGAUACUGCUGCAGCUGAAUUAGAAAAGUUUUACAAGCUUACGAUGAAAGAGAACGCUACUUGUGAUUCGGUGAAUGAGGUGGUCUCGGUGAUUAAGCGCUCAGAUUGGGGGUACGGGGUGGAGAAAGAAUUGUUGGCAAAAAACAUCUUGCUUUCGGAUGAGUUUAUACUUGGAGUUCUGAAGGAACUUAGAGAUGCACGGUGUCCACUGAAGGCCGUGAAGUUUUUCGAAUGGGUAGAGGAAGGUCUCAAUUAUGAGCACAAUAGCAUUACUUAUAAUGGGAUUCUUAGGGUUCUUCCCCAAGAAGAUUCGGUCGAAGAGUUUUGGAGUAUGCUGAGAAAGAUGAAGACUGCAGGUUAUGAUAUGGAUCUUGACACAUAUAUAAAGGUCUCGAGGUCUUUCCAAAAGGCUCGGAGAUUUGAAGAUGCUAUCAAACUUUUUGAGCACAUGAUGGAUAGCCCAUAUAAGCCAUCAACUGGUGAAUUUACUAUACUUUUACGAAGCAUCGCAACUCGUGCCCCUUCCGAUAUUGAUAUGAUAUUUAGGGUAGUGAAAAAAUUUGAGGAAGCGGGAAAUACACUGUCAAAGCCAAUUUAUGAUGUGAUUCACAGGUCUAUGACUGGCCUAGGGCAAUUUGACGAAGCAGAAAAGAUUAUGGAAACCAUGAGAAAUGCAGGGUACGAACCCGACAACAUCACUUACAGCCAACUGAUCCAUGGGCUUUGCAAAGCAGGGAGAGUGGAGGAAGCCUCAGAAGUAAUAGAUACAAUGGAAGAACUAGGAUGCGAUCCGGAUAUCAAGACUUGGACUGUCUUGAUUCAAGGCUACUGCAGAGCUAAUGCAGUCGAUAAGGCGCUGCUUUGUUUUGCUAAGAUGAUGGAGAACAAUGUGGAUGCGGAUGGUGAUCUCUUGGAUGUUUUGAUAAAUGGUUUUCUCAGCCAGGGAAAAUCAGUUGGUGCAUAUCAAUUCCUGACAGAGAUGGCGAAUAAGGCUGAAUUGCCACCAUGGCAAGCAACAUACAAGACUCUGAUUCAAAAGUUGUUGGGGGAAAUGAAACUCGAAGAAGCACUGGAUCUACUCCGCGGGAUGAAGAAGUUCGAUUACCCUCCAUUUGUUGAACCCUUUUACCAAUACAUUUCCAAGCUAGGGACAGUAGAGGACGCAAUGGAGUUUAUGAAGGUCGUCAGUAAGGGGUGUCCGUCUGUUGCAGUGUACCAGCAUAUCUUUGAAUCAUUCUUUGAGGAGGGUAGACUCUCCGAGGCAAAAGAUCUUCUUUACAAGUGCCCGCACCAUAUCCGUAAACACCCUAGCAUUUGCAGCCUGUUUGGUUCUACAAACAACCACAAGAGAAGACAGAAGUCUGUAACUACUUCCUAGGUUUAAAAAGACUGGCAUUCAAACACUCUCUGGACUAGUGCAGGGGUGUUCUUUGCACAUUGGAAUGAAGUUGGCCUUUGUGACAUCAAUGGGUUACUUGCCAUGUUAAUGCAUCGUUAGUGCCUUAGUGGUGCCUUAUUUGGCCCGAUGCAGUUAAAAGAAAAUAUAAAAAAAAUGUGCAAUAAAUUUUCUUUUUUCUG